AAGUGCGACUGGUUGCCUACAUCGGUCGCGCUCGCACCAGUCGUAGCAAAACGUCCGUCAAAAAAUGAGCUACAAAAAUAAGAAAACAGAGAAAUAGAGCAGCACUGAUAAUUCAUAACUGCAUAAUCGAAGUGUAAACAAAUCGCCCGCGGUUACUACGAACCAUCAUCACGUGCUUGCCCUCCCGAACAUAAGGCAUCCGUGUUGCAGCCGAAGCACGACCUUUCAGACAUGCUGCGCUCGAGCGUUACGAAACUCCUCAGCGGGGCGAAGCUCAGCCCUAAACAUCUAUGCGCUGGGGCGCGAGCGAGCGGUACUGUCGCCAAGGCGCCCGAGAAAUUCGAGGUAUUCAUUGAUGACCAGCCAGUGUUAGUGGAGCCAGGCACCACUGUCCUGCAGGCCGCAGCGCUCGCCGGUGUUGAAAUUCCACGCUUCUGCUACCAUGAGAGACUCGCCGUCGCUGGCAACUGCCGGAUGUGUCUGGUCGAAGUGGAGAAGUCGCCGAAACCAGUUGCUGCUUGCGCUAUGCCCGUCAUGAAGGGCUGGCGCAUUAAAACCGACUCAGAGCUGACACGCCGCGCACGCGAAGGCGUCAUGGAGUUCCUCCUGGUGAACCAUCCGCUUGAUUGUCCCAUCUGCGACCAGGGCGGUGAGUGCGAUCUGCAAGAUCAAUCCAUGGCUUUCGGCUCGGAUAGGUCACGAUUCACCGACAUUGAUUUCUCCGGCAAGCGCGCUGUUGAAGACAAGGACAUUGGGCCCUUGAUCAAGACAAUCAUGACCCGGUGCAUUCAUUGCACGCGAUGCAUUCGUUUUGCGUCGGAGAUUGCUGGCAUCGAUGAUUUAGGCACCACGGGUCGUGGCUCCGACAUGCAGGUAGGCACGUACGUCGAGAAAUUCUUCCUCAGCGAAAUGUCCGGCAACGUGAUUGAUCUCUGCCCGGUGGGUGCGCUCACCUCGAAGCCCUACAGCUUCACAGCGCGUCCGUGGGAGAUACGCAAAGUGCACUCCAUUGACGUAAUGGACGCGGUUGGUUCAAACAUUGUGGUAUCCACACGUACCGGCGAAGUAAUGCGCAUUAUGCCGAAAAUCAACGAGGAGAUCAAUGAGGAAUGGCUGGGUGAUAAGUCGCGUUUUGCGUAUGAUGGUUUGAAACGUCAGAGAUUGGUUACGCCGAUGCUGAAAUGCGGCGGCGAAUUACAGCCGUGUGAUUGGGAGCAUGCGCUUUUAAGCGUUGCUAAAGUAAUGAAACAUGCGAAGGGAAAUGUGGGCGUUAUUGCUGGUGGACUGGCUGAUGCGGAAUCUUUGAUUGCGCUCAAGGAUUUAGUCAAUCGUUUGGGAUCUGAGGAUUGUUGCACUGAGCAUAUCUUCCCGAUGGAUGCCAGUGCGACUGACUUCAGGUCCAACUAUUUGCUGAAUAAUAAAAUCGCUCCGGUGGAGGAAGCUGAUUUUAUUCUACUUAUCGGCACCAAUCCAAGAUUGGAAGCACCUACGUUGAAUUCUAGGAUUCGCAAGUCUUACGUUCAUAAUGAAGCGGAUAUUGCAGUGAUUGGUCCGAAAGUCGACAUGCGAUACGAAUACGAACACUUGGGCGAUAGUCCAUCGGUGAUCAAGGACAUCGCCAAUGACACGCAUCCCAUUGCUAAGAAACUCAAAUCUGCGAAGAAGCCGCUUAUUAUCGUCGGCGCCGAUGUGUUGGAGCGCGAAGAUGGCGCUGGUGUCCUCGCUGCAGUGCAAAACGUCUCCUCACAGUUACAGGGAAAAUUACAGGAUGACAAAUGGCGAGUUAUGAAUGUUCUGCAAAAGGUUGCAAGUCAGGUUGCAGCAUUGGAUCUUGGUUAUAAAGCAGGCGUGGACGCGAUUAGGAACAAUCCAAAUCUGAAAGUAUUGUUCUUGCUGGGUGCAGAUGAAUGUACUAUUAGUCGCGAGGAACUUCCUAAGGACUGUUUUGUGGUCUACCAAGGGCAUCAUGGUGAUGCUGGCGCUGAAAUGGCUGAUGCUGUACUCCCGGGCGCGGCUUACACUGAAAAACAAGCAACUUAUGUGAACACUGAGGGUCGUGCACAGCAGACUUUGAUGGCAGUUACACCGCCUGGCCAAGCGCGAGAGGACUGGAAGAUUCUCCGCGCACUUUCCGAAAUCGUCGACGCCAAGCUACCCUACGACAAUCUGGAUCAAAUCCGCGGACGUCUCGAGGAGGUCGCGCCGCAUCUCACGCGCUAUGGUCAAGUCGAGUCGAACAAUUUCGUGCGCGAAGCUGCUGAAUUAUCCAAAUCUGUACAAGACAGCAUCGGUAGUACACCGCUGGACAUCAAGCUGAAGAAACUCGAGGACUUCUACAUGACGGACUCCAUCAGUCGGGCGAGCCCCACGAUGGCGAAGUGUGUGCAGGCCGUUCGAAAGGAACAGCAACGAUCGUGCGAGAACUAAUUGACUCUACCAGCAACGUAUUAGAUGAAUAUUUAAAUGAAUUUUUCUUUUUGCAAACCAAUAGUCGCGAUACUGAAACAAAAACAUAAUACUUUAAAUCUAUAUUCCUGUUACCUGUUGCCUGGGGGUAACUGUCGUGUUUCGCACCAUCCUGAAGUAAAUAUUUGUAAAUAAACUUGAUAACAUGAA